AUUUAUUCAAUACAUAUUUAUCAAAACGAGCAGUAUAAUGCUCACACACAGUCAAUAGCGGCUGUACAGUGAGCUCAAACGCUACGUAAGUUAUUCAACCAGGUUAAGGAAGAUAUCUUGAAGACAAUAUGUACUUCACAUACGUAGUACGCCCCGGGGAGGCCCCGGAGAGCCGUGGACCCCAAUUCGAGCCAGUAUGGGAGUUCCUAAUGAACUACAACCUCCGUGCUGGUUUCGCACUGCAGUUACUCUCGUUCGUAAUACUCGCAAUUGGUAUCUACAACGGAGGAAAGGACCCCUUCGCCAUACUCACAUUCUUCAGAGCACUACCGGAAAACUUCGGUGUUACCCCUUUCAGCCUCACCCUGAUAUGCCACGGUGGAUUCAUUGUCGGUACCCUGCUUAUCAUGUCAUUCAUACAAAUGAGUGAAGAUGAUUCAUCAAUCAAACAGUGCAGAGGAUACCGCGCCGGAACCAAAUUCAUGCUCCAGGCAACAUCAUUCGGUGCCGUCUCAUGGUGCCUUAGCAUGGUCACCUUCCUAGGAGCUACCUACCAUUUCGGAGCACAGUGGAUGGAGGAACAAAUUGGUGAUGGAUCAAAUUGGCUGAUAUACUUCAGCUCACGCCUAUUCGAUGCCUUCGCCCUCUUCCUCUACGCUGGUGGAUGCUUCUUCCUAGAAACAUACCACUCAGAAGGAACCAGUGAAAGCUGGGGAUGGCUAUGUGGUCUCGCAUUCUUCGCAGCGGCAGUGUUCGAAGUACUCGCACUUAACUGCAUCAACAGCGGCAUGUUCGCCAUACUCGAACGCUUGUACACCUUCGCCAUGGUCAUCGGUCUUUUACUCAGCACCAUCUGGGCAUUCAUAUUCGAACCCGUAUGCCACCGCUACGACGUUAAACUUACACAAAGUGCCCUCAGAAAUGAAUACUACAAGUCACGCAACGCAAUGGCGUUCUACGGACCUGCAGUUGUGGAUGACAACGGAGAAGUAGAUAUUGCCGCCGCCACGGAGCAGGUACAAAACUCCCUAGCGGGACAAAUGAUGGUACAGUAAGUGCCUACUCACAGACACUAAUAUAAGACAUGUAAU